AUGUCGGACCCUCAUCGCGAUGUCUCGCAGUACAAGUACUCGGCAAUGUCCAACCUGGUUCUCCAGGCGGACCGUCGAUUUGUUACGCGCCGAACUGAUGAGGCUACUGGCGACCCAGAAUCCCUGGCUGGCCGAUUGAGCAUCAAAGACAUGGGAGCCAGAGUUGCGCGCGAUGAGGCGCCAAAGGCGAAGAAAAAAUCCGGCAUGCCCGAAAUAGAAAGGGGAAGUGUUCAGGAGGGCGUGGAUGUCUUGCUAAGAGAGCAGAAUAGGCGAAAAGCUGAAGGGGCCCACCAACGAGGCACAGGUGUUCUUGGGGCCAAUGAUGCUCUGAUUGAGGGCAUUACGUACCGACCUCGGACUCCAGCAACCCGGACGGCGUUUGAUCUCAUAAUUACACUUGUUGCCUCCCAUUUGGGCGACGUGCCUUAUGAAGUUGUCCGCAGCGCGGCCGAUGCCGUUUUGGAGUACCUGAAAGAUGAGGAUUUGAAAGACCUCGAUAGAAAGAAAGAAAUAGACGACAUCCUCGGCACCACUCUUAACCCGAAGCAGUUCAACGAGCUGAUUAAUCUAGGGAAAAAAAUCACCGACUAUGAUGCGCAAGACGAUGAUGAAGACGUCAAUAUGGGUAAUGCAAAUGGUGAUGAUGCCGAGAUUGACGAGCGUCAAGGCGUUGCUGUUGCCUUUGACGAAGACGAAUAUGAAGAUGAGAUUGUCAAUGAGGUGCGAGAUGAAUCGUCCGAAGACGAGGCGGUCGACGAAGACGAGGACAGUGUAACCCCGGCGCCGAAGCCAGUCGACGAAGGGGUGGACGAGAACGAAAUGAUUCUAGAUUCCGGCUCUUCAUCCACCAAGAGGAAGGAGGAAGAGAGGAGCUCAAUACCAGCAAGAGAGAUCGAUGCCUACUGGCUGCAGCGACAGAUUGGCACGCUAUAUCCCGACGCCCAUGAGCAAACCACCAAGACGAAAGAAGCCCUUCGAAUACUCUCCGGUGACCCGGAAGAGCCAGAUGGCGAGGAGAAAUCCUUGCGGGAAAUUGAAAACGAUCUGAUGGAGCUAUUCGACUUUGAGCAUCACCAACUAGUGCAAAAACUAGUGGGAAACAGAGAGAAAGUCUUCUGGCUUACGAAGUUGGCGCGGGCCGAAACUGCGGCCAGUCGCGCCGAUGUGGAACGGGAAAUGGGCUCCGAAGGCCUUCAAUGGAUAUUGAACGAAGUGCGAGGCAAAACUGCUGGCAGCGACGAAAAGAAACGAAAGAUCGACAUCAAGAUGGACAUUGAUGUGCCCGCAUCCUUCAAUGCGCCAGCCCCAAAGUCGGAGCGACAGGACGGUUAUUUGAUUGGAGGCUUGCAGCCAAAGAAAGUGGUCAAUCUUGACAACUUGGUGUUCGACCAGGGCAACCAUCUCAUGACGAAUGCCAAAGUCAGGCUGCCCGAGGGGUCAACGAAACGGUCUUUCAAAGGCUACGAGGAAAUUCACGUCCCUCCGCCCAAAAAGCGCGCCGACUCUGACGAUGUUCUAAUCCCGAUAAAUGACAUGCCCGAGUGGUCGCGUGGACCUUUCAGUACAGCAAAGUCUCUGAACAGAAUUCAGUCCAAAUGCUAUCCCUCGGCGUUCCAAGACGACGGCAAUAUGCUCAUUUGCGCGCCAACCGGUAGUGGCAAGACAAACGUUGCCAUGCUGACCAUCCUCCGGGAAAUUGGCAAAAACAGGAAUCCGGAAACGGGUGAUAUCGAUUUGGACGCAUUCAAGAUCGUGUACAUAGCGCCCUUGAAGGCUUUGGUUCAAGAACAGGUCGGCAAUUUUGGCAAGAGAUUGGAGCCUUACGGAAUCCGCGUCUCCGAGUUGACUGGCGACCGACAAAUUACAAAACAGCAAAUUGCCGACACUCAAAUUAUCGUGACCACGCCUGAGAAAUGGGAUGUUAUCACCAGGAAGUCCAACGACCUGACUUAUACCGAUCUCGUGAGACUGGUUAUCAUUGACGAAAUCCAUUUGCUUCACGAUGACCGCGGGCCGGUUCUCGAAAGCAUCGUAGCAAGAACAAUCAGGAAGACUGAGCAGACCGCCGAGCUUGUCCGAAUCGUUGGCUUGUCCGCCACCUUACCAAACUACAAAGAUGUGGCGAGCUUCUUACGAGUUGAUGUUGAAAAGGACCUGUUCCACUUCGAUGGCACUUACCGACCUUGCCCGCUGCGACAGGAGUUUAUCGGCGUGACCGACCGAAAGGCUAUAAAGCAAUUAAAGACAAUGAAUGACGUGACUUACAAUAAGGUCAUGGAGCAUGUUGGGUCCAACAGGAAUCAGAUGAUCAUCUUUGUGCAUUCGAGAAAAGAAACAGCCAAAACAGCUAAAUACAUCCGUGACAAGGCCCUUGAGCUGGAUACAAUCAACCAAGUACUUCGCCACGACGCAGGCAGUCGAGAGGUUCUGAAGGAAGCAGCAAGCCAAGCUACCGACAAGGACCUCAAAGACAUCUUGCCGUACGGAUUUGGCAUCCACCAUGCCGGGAUGAAUCGCGUGGACAGAGCUGAUGUUGAGGAUCUUUUUGCCAGCGGCGCGAUUCAAGUCCUUGUCUCGACCGCUACCUUGGCAUGGGGUGUUAACUUGCCUGCCCAUACCGUCGUCAUCAAAGGAACCCAGGUCUAUUCCCCCGAGAAAGGCAGCUGGGUCGAACUUAGCCCCCAAGACGUUCUGCAAAUGCUAGGCCGUGCCGGUCGACCUCAAUUCGACACUUACGGUGAAGGCAUCAUCAUCACGACCCAAACCGAAAUCCAGUACUACCUUUCUCUGCUUAACCAACAGCUACCAAUCGAAAGUCAGUUUGUGAGCAAGUUGGUCGACAACCUCAACGCCGAAGUUGUCCUUGGAAAUGUUCGAACUCGCGACGAAGGCGUGGAGUGGCUUGGUUACACAUAUCUCUUUGUUCGAAUGCUUCGAUCCCCUGGAUUGUAUCAAGUUGGUGCCGAAUAUGAGGAUGAUGAUGCGUUGGAACAAAAACGGGUCGAUCUCAUUCACUCUGCAGCUUUGCUUUUGCGCAAGUCUAAUCUCAUCAAAUACGACGAAAAAUCAGGCAAGCUGCAAUCUACCGAACUCGGGCGCAUUGCCUCGCAUUACUACAUCACGUCUGGUUCGAUGGAUAUCUACAACAAUCUUAUUCAGCCAUCCAUUACAACCAUUGAGCUCUUCCGGGUGUUCGCGCUCAGCUCCGAGUUCAAGUAUAUUCCUGUACGCCAAGAUGAGAAAAUGGAAUUGGCGAAGCUCAUGGGCAGGGUACCGGUUCCCGUAAAGGAAAGCAUUGAGGAGCCGCACGCCAAGAUCAACGUUCUUCUGCAAGCGUACAUCUCCAGGCUUAGACUGGAUGGUCUUGCCUUGAUGGCCGACAUGGUCUAUGUGACGCAAAGCGCAGGUCGUAUCUUGCGUGCAGUGUUCGAAAUCGCUCUGAGGAAAGGCUGGGCAUCUGUGGCCAAAACAGCGCUGGACCUGUGUAAAAUGGCCGAGAAGCGAAUGUGGCCAACAAUGUCUCCAUUGCGUCAGUUUCCCACUUGUUCCAAGGAUAUUAUCCAGAAGGCAGAGCGUAUCGACGUCUCAUGGAGCAAUUACUUUGACUUGGAUCCCCCUCGAAUGGGAGAGCUGCUUGGUAUGCCCAAGGCGGGCAGGGCAGUGUGCGGCUUUGUGGCCAAGUUUCCCAGGGUCGAUGUGCAAGCUCAGGUUCAGCCCAUGACUCGAUCCAUGCUCAGAAUUGAGCUCACCAUCACCCCGAACUUCGAGUGGGAUGAUUCUCUUCAUGGUGCCGCUGAGAGCUUCUGGAUCAUGGUCGAAGAUUGUGACGGUGAAGACAUCCUUUUCCAAGAUAUCUUCCUCCUCCGAAAAGACUACGCGGAGGCUGAAUCCAAUGAGCACAUGGUUGAUUUCACUGUUCCGAUCACUGACCCCAUGCCUCCGAAUUACUUUGUGUCAGUCAUAUCGGAUCGAUGGAUGCAUUCGGAAACCAGACUGGCUAUUCCCUUCCACAAGCUUAUCCUCCCUGAGAAAUUUCCUCCUCAUACUGACCUGUUGGAGCUCCAACCUCUCCCUGUCUCAGCGAUGAAGAUAUCAAGUUAUAUUGACCUCUAUCCAGAGUGGAAACAGUUCAAUAGGAUUCAGACGCAAACGUUUAACUCUCUGUACAAGUCUGACCAAAAUGUCUUCAUUGGUGCCCCGACAGGUAGUGGAAAGACUGUUUGCUCAGAGUUUGCUAUUCUUCGACACUGGACCCAGGGCGAUUCAGGAAGGGCUGUUUAUAUAGCUCCGUUCCAGGAGCUUGUCGACGCUAGGCUACUGGAUUGGCAGAAACGCCUCGCUCCCCUCAAUGGCGGAAAAGCAAUCGUAAAGUUGACUGGAGAAACAGCAGCAGACCUCAAGCUUCUCGAGAAUGGCGACUUAAUCCUUGCCACGCCGACGCAGUGGGAUGUGCUGUCAAGACAGUGGAAGAGACGGAAGAAUGUCCAAACGGUCCAGUUGUUCGUCGCUGACGACAUUCACCUACUCGGAGGCUAUAUGGGAUACAUAUACGAGAUCAUCGUCUCCCGCAUGCACCACAUCCGGACACAAACAGAGUUGCCUUUGCGUAUAGUCGCGUUGAGUGUGUCCCUAGCUAACGCACGGGACAUUGGAGAAUGGAUCGAUGCCAAGAAGCACGACAUUUACAAUUUUAGCCCGCAUGUUCGACCGGUGCCGUUGGAACUGCACGUACAGUCGUACUCAAACACUCACUUCCCAUCGCUCAUGCUCGCGAUGGCGAAGCCAUCUUACCUUGCGAUCACCCAGAUGUCCGCGGAUAAGCCCGCCAUGAUCUUUGUGUCAAGCAGGAAGCAAACGCGGCAGACAGCCAGAGAUUUGCUCGCUGUCUGCGUGGCGGAUAACGAUGAGGAUCGCUUCCUCCAUGCCGAAGUCGACCAAAUGCGGCCCCUCCUGGACCGUGUUCAAGAAGAGGCUCUCGCCGAGGCUCUUUCUCACGGGGUGGGCUACUUUCAUGAAGCUCUGAGUCAAAGCGAUAAGCGAAUUGUCAAGCAUCUGUAUGACAAUGGCGCCAUUCAGGUUUUGAUUGCUUCCAGAGAUGUCUGCUGGGAGUUGACAAGCACAGCACAUCUCGUCAUUGUCAUGGGAACCCAGUAUUUCGAGGGGCGGGAGCAUCGAUAUGUUGACUACCCUCUCAGCGAGGUGUUGCAAAUGUUUGGCAAAUCGCUAAAACCUUCGAAAGACGGCAGAAGCCGCGGUGUCCUCAUGGUUCCUUCUGUGAAGCGAGAGUACUACAAGAAGUUUCUGAACGAAGCUCUUCCCGUUGAAUCACACCUGCAUAACUACCUCCACGACGCCUUCGUGACGGAGAUCAGCACGAAGAUGAUUGAGUCUGGUGACGACGCUAUCAACUGGACCACGUUUACCUACUUUUAUCGCCGUUUGCUGGCCAACCCGAGCUACUACAGCCUGACCAGCACAACGCACGAGGGCCUCAGUAACUACAUGUCUGAUCUUGUCGAGACAACUCUCCGUGAGCUGAGCGAGUCCAAGAUCAUCGACUUUGACGAUGAAGACGGAAGCGUGGCGCCCCAAAACGCUGCCAUGAUUGCUGCUUAUUACAACAUCUCAUACAUCUCGAUGCAGACCUUCCUUCUGUCACUGAGCGCCAGGACAAAGCUCAAGGGCAUCCUGGAAAUCGUCACGUCUGCCACCGAGUUUGAAAACAUUCAAGUGCGUAGACAUGAGAAGGGUGUCCUGCGUCGCGUAUACGAUAGGAUCCCGGUCAAGAUGUCGCAGCCUGAGUACGACUCACCCCAUUUCAAAACAUUUGUGCUCCUGCAGGCACACUUUUCCAGAAUGCAACUCCCGAUUGAUUUGGCAAAGGAUCAGGAGAUUAUCUUGUCGAGGGUGCUGAGUCUUCUCAGCGCCAUGGUGGAUAUUUUGUCGUCUGAUGGACAUUUAAACGCAAUGAAUGCAAUGGAAAUGUCGCAAAUGGUUGUUCAGGCCAUGUGGGAUCGAGAUAGUCCUCUGAAGCAAAUUCCUCACUUCUCUCCAGAGGUGGUUGAGGUUGCGAAUAAUUUUGGUAUCAAGGACAUUUUCGACUUUAUGGAGGCCAUGGACCCUGAUGAAAACCAGUCUCACGAUCAAUUAGUGAAGAGUCUUGGCCUCUCACAGACUCAGCUUGCGCAAGCUGCCAUAUUCACCAACAAUAAGUAUCCCGACCUCGAGCUCGAGCACGAGGUUCUCGGCGAAAACGAAAUUCGGGCCGGUGAACCAUCGCAUCUCCAAAUCCAGAUCACUCGGAGCGCGGACGAGGACGACGAGCAUGACCCGACAGUGCACGCUCCUUUCUACCCUGCCAAGAAGAUGGAGAACUGGUGGCUAGUUGUCGGUGACGAAAAGACGCGCAAUCUUUUAGCCAUCAAGCGCGUGACGAUCGGCCGUAAGCUGAGUGUGCGCCUCGAAUAUACGGUACCAACGGUCGGAGAACACAAUUUGAAGCUGUUCUUGAUGAGCGACAGUUACGUGGGAGUCGACCAGGAACGCGAAUUUGCAGUGACAGCUGCGGAAGGAAUGGAUGUAGACGAGGAUGAGGAUGAGGACGAGGACGAGGACGAGGAGGCCUAA